AUGCGAGUCAAACAGUUCUUGACCGACGCCAUCAUCGUCGUGAACGGCUCCAAGUUUCAUGUCCACAAGUUGGUCAUGUGCGGCUGCAGCCCUUUCUUCAAAGAUUUAUUCACCACCUGGUCCACUCCGGACAACAUAGUCUUCUAUGUCCCGAACAUCACAAUGUCCAUGAUGCAAGUGUUUAUCAAUUUCGCCUACUCUGGCUGCGUCUCUGUAAACAAAGACAAUGUCCAUGAACUGUUCAUCGCCGCUGACCGCUUCCAAGUGGAGGGAGUGACUCUGGAGUGCUGCAAAGAACUGAGCCGGUCCCUGAGCUCCCAGACCUGCUUCGACACCUGGAGGAUCACCAAGGACUUCUACUAUCCCGAGUUGAAACAGGAAGUGCUGGACUUCAUCCUGAACCGCUUUGAGAAUCUGGUAGCGACUCCCGGCUUCCUGCAGCUCUCCGUGGAGGAUCUGAUGACGUUCAUAGAUUGCGACGAUCUAAACGUGCAACAGGAGAGAGCUGCUUUCGAAGCCGUCAUAAUCUGGAUCAACCAUUCGCCUCAGGACCGACAGGAGCACCUCCAAACCUUCCUGUCAAAAAUCCGUCUGUCUUUCAUGGACGGCCAGUACUUCACAGACCACGUCCUGGGGAAUGAACUAAUCAGGCAAAAUCGCAAACUCUUCAACCACCUGAUCCAAAGCAUGAAGCAGAUGCUGGACAUCCAACAGGGCAGACCCAUCAGGAUCUCCCCUUGCCCCCCCAGAGUUCCACGGGACGCCAUUGUGGCCAUCGGCGGCUGGAACAUCGAACAACCCACAAACGCCAUCGAGAUAUUCAACAAACACACCAAACGCUGGGUCCCCAUGCAGAACCCUGACCCUACCCCUCGCAGCUACCACGGGGCCUUCUUCUUGGGCGGCUGCGUCUACGUGAUCGGUGGGUUUGGCGGCGAAGACUCCUUUUGCACCAUGCACGAGUACGACCUGGUGAGACAGACCUGGCGUGAGUCUGCUCCCAUGCACGUCCGCCGCUGCUACGUGAGCGUGACCUUCCUGGACGGAUUCAUAUACGCCCUCGGAGGCUUCGACGGCCGCGAUCGGCUCCGGACCGCCGAGAGAUACAGCUCCGAGACCAACCAGUGGAGAAUGAUCGCCCCCAUGCACGAGCGGAGGAGCGACGCUAGCGCUGCCCCCCUGAACGGACAGAUCUACAUUUGUGGCGGCUUCACUGGAGACAUGUGUUUGAUGACUGCAGAGAGCUACAACCCGCAGCACGACCAUUGGACGAUGAUCCCACAGAUAAGCUCCCCACGCAGCGGCCUCUGCGUCGCUGCGUACGCCGGGGAGAUUUAUGUGAUCGGUGGCUUCAACGGCGUGAACCGCGUAACCUCAUUGGAAGCCUUUAACCCGGAGAAUAACCGCUGGCGCUUCCUGCCCGCCAUGACGCACCCUCGCAGUAACUUUGGGACGGCCGUGCUGGACGACGAGCUCUACGUGGUGGGAGGCUACAGCGGCGACUGCACCACUAACUCUGUGGAGAAAUACAACUUCAGGAGCGGAGAGUGGUCGUUCGUCAGCAGCAUGGAGGUGUCGCGCUCUGCCCUGAGCUGCUGCGUCGUCAGGCACCUGCCCAACAUGGCCGCUCUGUCCGGGACCACGCGUCUGGAGAAAUGA